CAAAGAAGCAAGAAGAGAAGGGAAAGGUGUGGAGAGGGAGAAAUCCCUGAUCUUGAAAGCUUCAAAAUUUCGAAAGGAUCAUAACCCUAUAAUUCUUUGAAACAAAAUUUUAUUUUAGGUUUUCGAUUUUGGGCGCACAGACAAUGAACUCCUCCUCCAGCAACAGCACAAACUGCGAUAGCAAUAGCAGUAACAUCAAUUCCGGCGGUGUCAACCGAGAUCUUGACUCGUACUUCCUGGAACUGGCUCGGCUUGCCUCGUCUCCGACUCCCGCAGAUAUGGACGAGGAUGAAGAGGCGCCCACGGAGCUCAAUACUAUUAACAGCUCCGGUGGGUUCAUGGUGGUGGCGCCGGAUAAAUUGUCGAUUAAGUACCCGAGCGUAAACCUCCAUGGGCACGAUGUAGGAGUCGUCCAGGCCAACAAGCCGGCGCCUACGAAGCGGCUGUUAUACUACUUUGAGAUUUAUGUGAAGGAUGCUGGGGUUAAGGGACAAAUGGGCAUUGGAUUCACCAGAGAGAAUUUCAAGAUGCGAAGGCAGCCCGGGUAAAUAUGGGGCUUUUUUUUUCCUUUUUAUUCUUUAUUAUUAGGUGAACUGUGUUGCUUCAUUAUGGAAUUUAUUUCGAUUCCUAUGCCUGGUAACUGAAUCUUUUGCUUUAGUUGGUUGCUGGAAAAAGAGA